UGUCUCGUAGAGGCGUAUCGUGUUGAUGAUUAUUAGUGUGGAGAAGUGUAAAAUACUGCCGGUAGAACAUCUAGUACUCUCGCGCUGAGAGGGCGGGCUCAUUCCCCUUUAAGCCGCUAGGCACAGGUUGUAUUCGCCGGCAAGACAAACUGAAGUUGCAUACGGAAGGAUAUAUGGUCAAAUACAUGAGAGGAACGAGCAACAAAAGGGAAAUAUUGGGAACACGGGUAUGUAUGAGUGGUGAGAUGUCAUCUUUAGAGGAUAUCUUUUCCACUAACCAGUGCCCAACUGAUGUCUUCACCUCCCAAGGCACUGAUGUCAGUCCAAAUGGUGACCGUGGAGUAUGUAAGAUUGUGAAACAGCAUGGUGUGGAAGGGGAAAAGCCGAUGAUUGGGGACAGGGUGUACGUCCACUACACAGGCAGACUCCUAAAUGGCAAGAAGUUUGACUCCAGUCUAGACCGCAAAGAGCCUUUUGUUUUCAAUGUGGGAAAAGGUCAGGUCAUCAAGGCAUGGGACAUUGGCGUGUGUUCCAUGCAGAAAGGAGAGGUGUGCUUGAUGCUCUGUAAGCCUGAAUAUGCAUACGGUUCAGCUGGCAGCCCCCCAAAGGUUCCUCCCAAUGCCACACUUGUGUUUGAGAUUGAGCUGCUGAGCUUCAGAGGGGAGGAGCUUACAGAAGAUGGUGGGAUCAUGAGGAGAAUAAAGGUCAAAGGCGAAGGCUAUAACAAUCCUAAUGAAGGGGCCACAGUACAUGUACACUUGGAGGGGUGGUGUGGAGGUCACUUAUUUGAUUCUCGAGAUGUCACCUUUGUAGUGGGUGAAUCAGAGGACGUGGGUGUUCCUUUGGGAGUGGACAGGGCCAUGGAGAAAAUCCAAAAGGGGGAAUGCUGUUUAUUAUACCUAAAGUCCAAAUACGGCUAUGGCAAAGAGGGUAAAAAAGAAUAUAACAUUGGAUCAAAUGCAGAACUACUGUAUGAAGUAUCACUGAAAGACUUUGAAAAGGCCAAAGAAUCCUGGGAAAUGGACCUUAAAGAGAAACUGGAACAUGCUGUUUUAGUCAAACAAAAAGGGACGCAGUAUUUCAAGGCUGGACGGUACAACUAUGCUGUAAUUCAGUAUCAGCGGAUUGUAAACUGGUUAGAGAUGGAGUGUGGUGCAGGAAAAGAGCAGCAACAAGCCAUCCAGGCCCUCCUAUUAGUGGCCCAUCUGAAUCUUGCCCUGUGCUUUCUGCGAUUGCGCGAGUACUCUCAAACAGUGGAGAACUGCAACAAGGUUAUGGAGCUGGACCCAGAAAAUGAGAAGGCUCUUUAUCGGCGAGGUGAAGCACGUCUGUUGCGCAAUGAGUUCAGCAUGGCCUUAAUGGACUUCAAACAAGUUUUGCAAGUCAACUCCUUCAACCGCGCUGCCCGCAGCCAGAUUGCCGUCUGUCAGCGCAAGAUUCGUGAGCACCAUGAGCGUGACAAGAAGAUCUAUGCAAACAUGUUCCAGAGGUUUGCUGAACACGAUGCUAAGGUGGGCCGAUUAAAAAGGAAAAAAGAAGAGAGUGGAAUUUCAGAUCAGAAUAAGCAGGGACUUAAGAGACCUUGUCUCAGUCAGGACGGCUCCUAAAACUCCAGACGCUAUUCAGGAGGCCCAAGCAAGGAGGUCAGGCUGUGGGGAUGGCUGGUUCAUCUUCGAUUGCGUCAUGAAAGAGGCAAUGGGUAGAGGUAUGGAUGAGCCCUCUAUACACCUUGACCUCGGAUCUCAUUAUCGCUCAGACUGAAAACAAAUGCUGGGAAAGAUUCGCAUAAUGGUUUAUAGACGUUGAGGAGCUGCAGACCUUAAUGACAUUCCUACAACGACAAAAACAAACAACAAAAACCAAAGCGCACAAUUCUAUGACCACCUGUAAACUUGUACGGUGCACGCCUCAGCUAUCAGAAAGGCAUUCAUCCGCUGCAUUAAUGCAAAAGCAUUAUAGACUUGAAUACAACCUAGUACCUUACCAUGUACUGUACAGUAUUCAGUGUAAUUGCAUUGACUUUGUGCAUUAUCAGGUUAGGAGUUUAAGUUUGCAGUGGAGGGGUGUGUACUGGGACUUGAUGUUUUUUGUACUAUAUUUGUAUAAGUGUGUCUGAUAUUUAGAAACCAUAGUGGGUAGCUGGACCUAAAAGUGCAAUCCUCCCUUUGGGAAAAACCUAUUUUGCGUCUCUGCCAGCUGUAUUCUUUGAGGAGUCGCGGCAGGCCCACAUUCACAAACACACUUUUGAUACUUUUGAGAGACUUGUGCAUGCUUCUUUACUGCAUCCUGGGAGCGUCCUCGAUUUGGGACUGUAUUUUAAAAUAUCUGCAGGUUAGUUUGGACCCCAGAACCCGGUAGAUAUACUUGACUGAAGUUCAAUAGCUAUAUUUUUGAGCUGAGUUUCCAUUACAGUUUUAAAGCUCAAAUACUUUUUAGACAAAUCUUUUGACUUGAUAGGAAUAUUUCAAAGAACUGUUCUCUUAAAACCCACUUGUUUAUUUGAUCAAAUACUAACUAGUGUGGUUUGCAUGUUUUUCAGUAUGUUCCCCAUGUUUCAGACAGUUUUAAUAAUAUUAAUAAUAAAUGGUUUGUUAACUUUUUUCUGUUUACAGUUUGAUGCAUUACAGCAGGCCUGUCAAUAAAUAUUCAAAGAAAACCGUUUAA